UUUUUAUUUUUUUUUUGUCAUCGAGUGAAAAAUAUUUAUUGAUAUAUGUGUCAGUUAUAAUAUAUGUUGUAAAAAGUAAUAAAUAAAUAAGUGGUGAUUUUUAUAAAUCAAGAUAAUGUGAAAUGUCAAUUGAUACAAUCUAUUAAAAUCAUAACCACGUUAGCACAUUAUAUAUUUAUCAAUUAAAAAUAUUCAUUGAUAUUGUAAAUAAUAUAUAUAUUUAUUAAUCAAUCAACAUUGAUUUCAUAUACAAAAUACUAAUUGCGACUGUGAUUGAUCUUGUCAUAUUUAUUAUCCCUGAAAUUUAUAAUUAUUGUUGAUAUAACCUAUAUAUAUGUAUAUAUAAAUAUAUUAUAGUCUUCCCAACAUUUAAGAGGCUUCUUUACAUUUAAAUUAAUAAUAUACCUAACAUGUAUUGAUUAAUUCACUGACUAAUUUGCGAGUCUGCAAACGCCGUAUGAGGUUUACGUCAAAAGAAAAAAAUACGAUACGAGGCUGUUAUUAUUAUAAUUAUUAUAUAACUUUGAAAUAAUAAAGAGAAUAAAGUACAGAGCAAGUGCUGGGAAGAGAGACAAGGAAGAAUAAAAGAGUCCAUACAUGCGUGCGCGAUCAACGGGGUGUCUCAUUACUACAACUCGCGGUUUUAUCUUUCACACAAUCCCAGAACGCAAAACGCGAUCAUUCCAUGAGUACACGUUGCUGCUGCUGCUGCUGCUGCUGUUCUUACUGACAAAUAUCUCCGCCGAACAACUUCAAUAAUACUCAAGUAUCAAAUACCACUCGCGGUAUUACUUACUACUUUUAAAAACAAAUUUAUUGUUGACGAAAUAGUUGAUGGUGUGCUGAUAUUUAAAUUUAUUUCUUAUUAAUAAUGAUCAGUCGAUUAAUUAAAAUACCAUUAUUACAAAGUUAUUAAAUGUCUAAGAAGACAUAGAACCGUUUCGAUUGUGGCAAUGACUUCACCAGGGUGCAAUGACAAGCUGCAAUUACUCUGGGAUAAUUUCAUUCAUGCGGAGCCGAUGAGUUAUCAGAAAUCAUCGUGGCUGGAUAGAUUUCUUGCUGAAUUGCUGGCUCAAGUUAAUGAUGGGAUAGACAUUAAUAAUAUCAUUUCUUCUUGGUGUUCAUUUGGUGGUAACGGUGAUGAUGGUGGUAUUUGUACGCUGAUAGCCUGUGAAUUACUUUCUGAUAUAAAUGAAUUGUGUACGACAACUAAAAAUGAGGGUGGAGAUGAACUGGUCGAGCUACGCAAAUACUUGAUCCAAGGACGUGGAUGGCGAUGUUUGACAGUUAUCGAUUUACUUGGUGGUAUUCGAGAUCUUUCUUGUGGUCGACAACUGGUCGCCCUUCUCAUUGCUCUGUACCCGGUUGUUGCUUCACAUCAUGAUAAAAAUAAUGGUGACGUCGCGGAGGAAGAGAAUAAUCUGGAAAUAAACGUCACUUGUAAUCCAUACGUUAAAUUAAAUUUUAAUGAUGAGACUAUCGAUAAAUUGGAUAUUAUAUCGCAAAUGAAAAAAAAAAAUUAUCAAAGACGGUUUAAUCAUUAUCAUAAUCACAAUAAUAGUCACAAUGUAAAUAACGACCCAGAGACGUCACGUAAAAAAUUAAAAAAACACAGCCCAAUGGUUAAUGUAAAAAGACGGGAAUUACGUGCCGCUAAAGUAAAUAAAUCGGAUAAUGUUAAAACUGAAACAAAUUACAGUGACUCAAGUUCCUAUGAGUCUGAUUAUGUACACGCGGAUGAUGAUAUUGAUCAAACAAGGUCUCUGAUGUUUAAGAUACGUCUCAAUCCGAUGGAUUUUGAUUACUUUACGCAUGUGGUAAGAAGCGAUGGAAAAAUUGACGAAGAAGACGACGAUGACGAUGAUGAUAAUGAUGAUAAAAAAGACACGGUGGUAGGAAUUAAAAAAAAAUUAAAUCAAUCUAAUUAUAAAAAUAAAAAAAUUGAAAAAUAUUGUGACGAUGAUCGGGUGAAGGCUGUUUUAAACAUCAAGAUCAGCAAUUUUGAAAUAAGUUUAUUAAUUAUACAAUUAUUACAAAGUAUGAAAAAAGAUUAUGACAAUACAUCUGUUGAUCAAACCGUUGCUAUCAAGAUUGUAAAGUUUGCUUUAGAUACCUUGUGGUCACUUCAAUUUGGUGCUGAUGCUGAUAAUUUAACGGGAAUUGAAUGCGUUAGAUUGAAGGCAGCCACUUCAAGAUUAAUGUUGACUGCUUUGGAACGAGUUCUUACGGUAGAUGAUCAACUAAUGACUGCUGUAAUAAAUAAUGGUCUACUACCAAUGACACUGAGACUGCUAGAAGACAAUUGCAGUAGUAAAUUAACUGCCUCGGCAAGUCUAGAAGAGGGUUCAUUAUUACAGGAAUGUAUUUUUGCAAUGAUAUACGGUACACUUUCAUUUCUUUAUUACUUUGUUAAUAAUCGAAAAAAAAAUUUAGAUAAACUUAAUGAUUUUUUGGAAUUAUUUCAACUGUUUAUUGAAAGUCAAGAUGGUAAAUUGAUUGAGAAAACGAUUGUGACAAUAUUAGAUUUGCCAAGUAUUGAUUCAUCGAGGUCAAUGACCCGAGCGUUAAAAGUCAUCGACAUGAUAGGCGUACUGAUAAACGGUCUCAAGCACAUAAAACAGGAGCUCAGUUACACGGGAUCGCAGUCCAAGAUCAGUAAUCACCCGAGCAGUAACAUAAAGCUUAAGCAUAAACAUCUUACGGCCAUUGAUUCAAUUAAAUCCUAUCACCGUCAUCAUCAUAAUGAUGUGCUUGGUAUCGCCUAUUAUCAGCCUACAAUGGUAGCCAGUAUAUCUCACCAGACAUGUAACUGUUCUAUAUCAUCUCUUUUUAUUAUUCUUAUUAGAUUGUUGAAAGAAUCAUCACGAUUUGACUGUGAAUUCCAAGUGAGGCUAUUAAAAAUAAUGAAGAAUUCCGGUACAUGCUGCUGUUUUCCUUUAAAAAUAUUGCUCAUUAAUAUUAUUAAUUAUGUUAAAAAACAACCGCAUAAUAAACAUGUUUAUUCAUCUUGCAUAGCAUUACUCGAACGUUGUCUAUUUAAAGAAAGUAAUAACUUGUCAACAGUAGCCAGUGAAGAUAAUCAUCAACGGGCUGAUUGCAAUAUCUGUACCAGUAAAUCAUCUGAUUACUCAUGGGAUUUUAUCGAACUCUAUGGAUCUCUAUUAUCACCAGAAAAUUAUCAUUUAUGUUGUAUGACAAUGACGCAUUUAGUCAAAGUAACUCCGCAUUUAGAUUUAAAAGUUAAACAUGAGAUGCUGUCAAAAAUAUUUUACCCAACAUUUUUGAAAGCUAAAAUUGAUUAUCGUAAUUUAAUUGUUAACAAUAAAUCAACGAUAACUGUUGAAUUUAUUAUCCAAUCGUGUUUGUCCAUUAUUUCCAGUCUGAUUGUUGACAAUAGUUUGUAUGAAAAAUUUAUGCAGCUCAGCGGACUAGAUGAGGCACUUGAGCUCCUGUCGAUUGGAACAUUUACACGCUCCGUUUGCAAUUUACUCCAGAUAUCGGUGAUAAUGGAGAUUUGGAAGACUAUUAAACUUGACAUCAAUCCCCAAAACUCGGCAAGAUCAACCGAAUGUUCACCCCUUAAGCUUUUAUUUGAAAUAAUUGAGCACGAAACAAAUAGUGUUCUUUGUGAUAUUGAGAAUAUUGAAACAUUCAAACAGCAACGAUGUUCAAAAAAAAUAUUUGAAAAAUCAAAUAGUGAUAUAAUUUUAAAUGACGAUUAUGAAAUUAAUAGAGAAAAUAAGACUGAUGAUACUGAAGAAUUAAAUAGUUUAGAUAAAAAUGAUGAAUCAUUGACGAUUAAUUUAUUUAAAGCUAGUGCAGUAUGGCGAUCAGCCGCCGGAGUAGCGCUUUAUUGUCCUAAAUUUCGUCAAGAAUUUUCAUCCCAUUUAGCCAUUGUAGAGUCGUCAUUAAAUCUUACAAAAAUCCUCGUAGUUAGUAUUGUCGAAGAUCGAAUUCUAGACCAAAACAAAUGGGCCCACAAACUGAUCGAGGCAUUAAUCACCUGUCACUUGACAUCCGCGUUAUAUAAUAAUAGUGACAUAAUAAGUGUGCUCAAAAAGACACUGAUAAAUGCUGGAAUUAAAUUUGGACGUGGGAUUGCUGUGCUGGUGGAAAUAUUUUUAAAAAUCGCUAUGCUGAAACCGUGCCGGGAACAAGUUCCCCUACAAUCUGGUCAGCUCAGAUUACCGGCAAUGAUAUCCGAUUGCUCAUCGUCGGCGCCGGAUUACGGCGGUGACGAAAGCAGUGCAGGUGAAUACGUCACUGCUGACGAUGGAUAUGAAGCAGACAAUGAAGUUCCUAGUAAAAGUAGUAGAGAUGAAGAUAAUAGUCAGCAAAAUAAUUUGCCAAAAGGACUAAAUUCUUUGGAUUCUACUGUCGAGUCCCGGGGUGGACACAUCACCGCCAAUACUACUGCUCAUCCAGCAUUGUGCUCAUUAGCUGUUGACCUACUGAUCCAGUUUGGUCAACAGGGAUUGGAUACUGAGAGAUGUAUUAUUGUGAGUCAAGGACUGAGGAAGGUUGCGGUUACUUGUCGAGAAAGUGUAUCCAAUUGUGCUGCACUUGCAGGAUCUGGGGUCAUUGCUAAGUUAUUAAACGGAUUUAGGGAAAUACUAAUUAGCAAAAAUUCUCAAUAUGAAGAUUUACAGCAAGCAAUACUUCAAGUUUUUACAUUAUUAGCAACCCAAUCAAUAUCACCAAAUGAAUUACUGCUCUAUUUUUCACUGUUUAAAGUAAACUCUCCGCCAAUGCUAUCUUUACUGCAACCCCUUCAUCGACUUGUAAUUAAUUUACAACCUCAGCCAAAUUUUAUUCUCUCAUUUCCACUGAUUUCAACCUUCAACGAACAGAAACAAAAUACUCGAGUAAAAGAAGAAUGUAAAAAUAUUGAAAAAGUAUCAAAUACUGUACAUAAUUAUCGUGAGAAACAUUUAUCUGCGGGUGUAUAUAGUCCGUGGUCAGUUCAUGCCACAUGUUUACCUAUUGGUUCGGAAUUGUCGUGGUCAGUGUGGUUACACGGAUGCUCGGCUUCGAUGUGGAUAAGAGUAGAACGAGGAGUUGUACUGGGCUCAAGAUUAACAACAGCUAAAACUUCACCCGUUAAUUUGUUUAAUUCUGAAAGUGACAGUCUGUCUGAAUGGGGACCCACUAUUUUGUCGGAUAAUAACUUUUGGAGCCGUGAAAUAUCUGCUGAAUCCAUAUCUCCACCACCGCCACUAACUACAAUCGUUCAUUUGAUGUCUAUCGGCUUCGAAUCACUGAUACUGGAAACUUGGUUGGAUUUACGGUCAGAUAAAUUGAUUGUUCGCUUGAGCCGACCCGACGAUAAAUGUAAUAAUGUUAUUUCUGAAACUUCAAUCAGUGGAAUACUGCCAUCAGGACGUUGGCAUCACUUGGCACUCAAUUUUAAGGACACUGUGCUGAAUCGAAAAAGUGCAGUAGUACAAGUGACCAUUUGGGUUGACGGCUGGCGUGAAGCAAAUGUUGAGCUACCAUUUGAUGGUUUAUUGGUACGGAAACCUGCUACAACUACAUGUGUCAUGCUCGGUCAAUCUGCUGUUGUCACUAGUGGCAACGGGAAUAGCGGAGGCGCUUGGUACUUGGGAAAUCUCAUGUUAUUUAGAUGUCCGGUUUUUACAAAAGAACGAGCUUUGUACUUGACAAGCCUUGGUCCCAACUAUACAAAUAUCGCUGACUGCAUAUUAAAUUCUGUAAAACCAGAUUUCGCGUCAUUGAUUGCAUCUGGUGCAAUAAAUGGAGUCCGUCAAGUUAAAUUUAAAAGCGGCAAAUUUGAUCUCAACCGAAGAAAAUCAUACGGAGGAACUUAUCUUCGGCGGGUCGUCGAAACUAAAAUAGUUUCUGUAGAUUCGGAGAUAGAUUGGAAUGCCGUGAUGAAUGACACAACUCACUCAUCACAAUUGAGUGAAUUACAAGAUAAUAUUUUAUUAUCUUACGAAGCAAAAUGUCCAAAUACUGUUAAUUUAUAUCCACAAGCAAUCACAAAUCCUAGUGCAGUAGUGAGAAAUCUUUUACCAGGACAACCUCCACCUGGGUUUCGUGUAGUUUCUGCUCCUGAGCAUCGAGUUUCGCAACAACCUCCACUAUCAAUAACCGUAAUUACUCCGACGCAUCAUCUCGAGCGUCAGCAGUAUCGAGGAUUUAUAUCAUCGGCAAGUUUAAUCGGUGGUAUACCUAUUUUUUUGUAUUUAUUUGCGCGAAUUGUCGAACUCGAUUCUUCUGAAGAAGAGCAAGCACUUGCGCUCUCGAUAGUCGUUAAUUUGGCACGAAGUGAUUCAGAGCUUCUGAGUCAAUAUAAUUCAGAGGGCGGUCAGUCGCUGAUUAUGCGUGUGCUAGAAUCACCUAGAUGUUACGCUGGUAAAUAUUUACUUAAAGCAAUUUUAGAUUCUGCAUGCAGUAGCUCAAUAAUUGUAAAAGAUAUUGCCAAUGGAAAUAAUUUAACAAUUUUACAAAGUUCUGAGGCCGUUAUUGUCGAUCCAGAAUUGAUAAAAGAGUCCCUGGGAGUAUGGAAAACUUGGGUCAAGCAUGACACAUUCAAUAUGUUUUUACAUGCUCUAUUGGUGUUGCUGAGAGAUCAACAUGCUCAGAGAGAGUUCAAUGCGACUCAAUUAAACCGAGUUGAAAUUGUUGAAAUGAUUCUAUUUGUAUGCAAACAGCAUUUCAUGUACGAAGAUUUUGACGCUCUCUGGGAUACCACUACCGGUAAUUCGAUUGUUGAAUUAAUUAGAGCGCUCAUGGGAGCUCCUCCGGAAUUCUCCCACUUGGUUGCGAUCAUGGACUACCUUAUUCUUGUACACCAAGCGUCAGAUACUUAUGUUACUCAUUCGCGUCACAAUAUGUAUUUUUUGUUACCGCCGCUGAUAGUUGAAGAGGCUCACAAUGACAGUAAAUUAAAGUCACCAGUCCUGAAUCGUUUGCCAAAAACGGCAAGCACGACUACUGCAAGUUCAUCAGAUGAAUCAAAUACUCCAGCAUUAGAAGUGACAAAAUUAAACAAAGCGUUGAUAAAUGUCCAACUUCAGAGAGACAGAGCUAUCAAACGCCGUGAAAAACGCAGUAAUAAUAAUAAUAAUAAUUGUAAUAAUGCUAGGGAAACAAGUGCUGGUGAAGAUUCAGGUAUUGCGGCGAGUGAUGGUUCAAAUAAUCACCUAGGAAAUGAAAAUUGUUCAUCAGGAAGAACAGACGAGAAACGUGUUUGUCAAGGACUCGUUACCGAAGGGCUUCUCUUACUUCUACGUGACGCUCUCAGAGUUUUACCAGACUGCCACAUCGAAUCUGUUGUAAAACACGUGAUUCGCGCCGAAUUACUUUUAAUUUUACUAAACAAUCCCGACACCCGAGUUCGAACCGCAGUAAUAAAAGUUAUUCAGACUUAUUUGCAGCGAGCUGAUGAUGAAGAAAUAAAUAAAUUUAUAAAGCAAAAAUAUUUCUUCCACUUGGCAAAUCAAAUUACACUUUAUCCGAGUAAUAAUAACGAGUCACUGUCAUCUUCGCUGGAGUGUCUGGCGCUCAGAGGACCUACGACAUUAGCAGCGAUUCCACCUUUACUGGCAAUGUUGACUAGAAUACCAAUAACUGGAUCAAAUAUCACAAGACCAAUUAUCAAUUUGAUUAUUGAUAUGAUUAAUAAAAAUCCAUCUUCAUUGCGUACACUUUUGUCUGAUCAGGGUUUGGCUGAAUCUUUAGCCCAAUCGCUUGUUGGAGGCGCCCAUAAUUCAGCCUCAUCAGGAGCAUCUUCACCGCCGCUUCUGAUAAAUGAUAUUCACAUUCUAUUAGUUAGUAUUGCUACUAAAUUACUUGAGCAACCAGGAAGUCAUCAUAUGCCAGCGAUAUCAGACUUACAUUUGAUAUUAAAUUACGUUGAGUUUAAUGAAAGAUCUCAGUGUGGUGCAAAUGCCGCGUGUGUCUCUGUAAUUCGUAAUGCUCAAGUAGUUUUAUUUGACGGUGAGCUAGAUGUCUUGAUGCCAAAAGUAUCGUCAUUACAAUCGGGAUUUAAAUUACGGAGCGCUACUUCGUACUUGGCUUCUUCCUCGUACUUGGCUCACAAUAAUGUCCUGACAACCUCGAGCGAACAGAGCGAUCAUGAGUCCCGGACAUCUAGCUACGGUGGAGGCGGAAGUGCAAGUGGCAUAAAUCUUUACGGUACAACAAACCGGGAACCAAGACGCGGAGAAGUUAAUGAACGAUUUCGAAGUAUUCUUUUCAAAGCGAUUGAAUUUUUGACUGCAUCUGACUGCGCGCCGUCAAACAAUGAGCUCGAAUUGACUAAAAGAAUAUAUAUUAUACUGUUGUAUGGUAUGUCAAAUAGUUCAUUUGAUAGAAAAAAUAACUGGAGUGGAUCAUGGUCAGUGAGAUCAAUUUUACGUAAAAAUGCUGCUAAAAUGAUCAUCUGGUUGUUGAGUCCACAUCAGAGUAAUAGUACUCGUGUAUUUGCUAUAAGAUCAUUGAUGGAAGAGUCGAGAGGUCGUGAGAUACUUUCAUCUAUUCUCGAGAUCAAUAGUAGUGUUGAAAAAAAACUUGAAUUAUUUUUGUGGGAUUUAUUUGAAAAACGAACUGAUAUGCCGAGUUCAGACGCUAGAUUAUGUACGGAAUUCAAAGAAACUUUGGCUGUUUGGCAUCCUGCAUUAUUAAGUAUUGAAGGAACAUCAACUUCAUCAGAUAAAUUACGAAUUGAAGACCAAUUGGCUUCAUUGCGCCUUGAAUUUUCUAAAGAUCGUGAAAUUUGGCUUGAUAAUAAUUUAUCGGCGUUACAUCGAAUAGGAAAUAAAUUUGAUUUGUUGGCUAAACAAUUGACUGAAAGCGCAAUGAUUAUUACACGUUCGGUUAUCGAGGAACAGAAUCACGAGCGCAAGGCACUGAUGGAAAAAUUCAAGCACACUCGUGGAUUAGAAGCUCAGUCGAUGGCACGAUGGAGAGAUUUAACUAAACGUCUUACUCAUGAACGAGCGCCUUGGUAUUUUCCAGAAUCAUAUCCAACAAAUUGGGAACUUGACCCUACAGAAGGACCGGCGCGAGUACGAAUACGGAUGCAAAGAUGUCACUUGAAAAUUAAUAAGAAAUUUUUUUUAACUGAACAGCAAACUGAUCCCAGAAAAGUUGCUAGCGGAAAUGACCAAUCGACUGAAGAAGAAUUAGAACAACCUUUGUCAUAUCUUUUUACAAAUAUGAGACGUCAAGAUUUAAAUGCGACUGCUCUUAUUGAAAGACUGCAUACCAGUGAGCGUAUUGGGAAAAUGUCUCAAGUUAAAGUUGUAACUCCGCAAAUAGAAAUACCCGGUGAAGCUUUGAUUGGUGAAACAUGCUUGUACUUUGUACCCGAUAAUCCAGAAAUGUCAGUUUACUCUCAGGACACUGCUUUGUUAGGAGGCGGUUGCAGUGGUCUCGAUCUCGCGAUGGCUGGAGGCACUGCGUGGAAAUUGAAAGACAUACGGGAAUUACACAGAAGACGGUAUCAACUUCAAGAAAGAGCAAUUGAAUUUUUUUUAACCACUGGAAGAACUUUAUUGCUGGCUUUUAAUUCUUCUAAAGAGAGAGAUGAGUUUGUAAGUCAAUUAUUAAAUUGUAAUUUACCACAACGAGUUCCUGGUGAUGAUUUAAAUGAAGCACUUGCUGCAUGGCGAAAUGGCUAUCUCACCAAUUGGGAAUAUAUUACGUGUUUAAAUAAACUAGCCGGAAGGUCUUACAAUGACUUGAUGCAGUACCCGGUAUUUCCUUUUGUACUUGCCGAUUACACGAGCAGUAAAAUAGAUCUUACUAAUCCAAAUAUUUAUCGAAAUUUCAAACGCCCAAUGGCUGUCCAGGAUAAAAAAAAUGAGCAGCACUAUGUUAACAAUUAUAAUUACUUGAAGCAAGCUCUGGCAGAGGGUCUCAAUUUAAUAGCGUUGAACCAGGAACCUUUUCACUAUGGCUCGCAUUACAGCAACUCUGGUACCGUUCUUCAUUUCUUAGUACGACUUCCGCCAUUUACUAGCAUGUUUUUGAGUUACCAAGACAAUAAUUUUGACAUACCGGAUCGGACAUUCCACGCACUGGCCACCACCUGGAGAUUAACAAGCUGUGAUUCAACAACUGACGUAAAAGAAUUGAUUCCAGAAUUUUUCUAUCUACCGGAAUUUUUACUCAAUUCAGAAAAUUUUAAUUUCGGUGUACGGCAAAAUGGCUGCAGAGUUGGAGAUGUUGAAUUACCCAGUUGGUGUAAUAAUGAUGCGAGAUUAUUCGUUCUGGUGCAUCGAGCUGCGCUGGAAUCAGAUAUAGUUCGUGAAAAUAUGUCAUACUGGAUUGAUCUAGUGUUUGGAUUCCGUCAAACUGGUAGACCCGCUGUAGAAGCAAUAAAUGUUUUCCAUCCGGCAACAUACUACGGGUUCAAUGUCGACAAAAUAUCUGACCCAGUUGAAAGAAAAGCAUGGGAGACAAUGGUCAAAACAUACGGACAGACUCCAGCACAACUAUUCACAGCCGCUCAUCCAUUGCCUUGUAAUGUUUUGAUGAAUUCCUCAAAUUCGCCUGCCUACAAUACUAUCCCACCGGUUAUUGAAGGUGUCACGGGUAUAAAAUGGGGUUAUUAUGUCGGAGCACCUGGAAAUGAACCUGUUUUAUGUUGGAAACACAAACACAGAGUACCGAUGGUCUCACUUAUUCCACUUACAACAGGAGACGUAUUUGGAUUACCAGCUUGUACGGCUCUUCUUAUAGGAUAUAAUAAUGAGAAAGGAGGUAACAUGGUCAACAGUACAACAGUACUUGGGGCAGCACUUGCCUCUUGGGAUAACAACGACGGAAUCAUUAGAUUGAAAUCCAAAAAAGAGCAGCCUCCAAAGCCUCUAAUGAAAUCCUCAGGAUUUGAUCCAAUAACUGUGUUAGGUUCGGCGGCAGACUGCGGGCAGCUUUGGAUCGGUUAUAUGUCUGGAAAAAUUAUGGUUUACUCAUACAGCAUCGAAGCAAGUGGAAAAAUAAAAUUCGAAUCACCAACAGCUCCAGCUUCUGUUCUUCUGGCUCAUAGAUGCGCAAUAACUGUAAUAGUCUUGUCUGGCGCAUUCAGUAUCGCCGUAUCGGGUGACGUAAAAGGUGUAAUUGUCAUUUGGGAUUUAAAUAGUUUGUCAUAUGUGAGAUCUAUAGUAUGCCAUGACAUAUAUACGAUAAAUAAUAUUUCUAUAAGUGAUACUCUUGGAGAUAUCGCUGUUGUUUGUCAACUAGUGGCGCCGAAAAGACAAUUCACGUCACCAACAUCUUCAGCCAAUGAAAAUAAUUUUGACCAUCAGUCUCAGCUAAAAGUAUUUACAAUAAAUGCUAAAUCUGUCGGUUCAGUUUUGUCUAGAAGGAGGAUCACUGCAUUGUGUUACAGCAAUGCACCAGAAGGUGUUUCUGUAAACGUAAUAGCCACUGGACUUGAUAAUGGAGUGAUUCGAUUGUGGAGCAGCUGGGACUUGAGGCUAAUUCGCGAAAUAGUAAACGGCGGAACAGAUUGCGGGGCUAUCAUAGCAAUAGCAUGGGCAUACGAUCAACAUCAUCUUUAUGCAGCGACUGAAAAUUCAACAGUUUUAAUAUGGGAAGGCCUAAGACGACUAAACAGCGGCACGCCGAAAUUUGUAAAUUUAACUUCGCUUUAA